CCGGCACCGCAGGCUGCAACCGAAGCAGCAGGCCAAACCCCAGCCAAGGCGCACGAGGAGGAAUCGGCGGCGACAGAGGUGCUGAUGACCAAAUCAGACUCUACCUUUGUGGACGGGGUGAGUCAACAUAUUUCGCAGUUCUCAGCAGCACAUCCUAUGCUCGAUGGUGCCGAGGCCUCGGAAGUCAACCACCCAAACCCCCUUCCCACAGCCACGAUCACCGCCAAUACGAGGGGCAUAUAA